AUGGUCAAUGUUAAAUUUAAUACGAACCUUACGGAAACUACGGUGCAAGAAAUCAUCAAUCGUUUAAAUAAUGGUGAAAUGAAUGAACUUUUUCAUUCUUUUGAUAUCAAUCAGUUACUCAAUCAUUAUAUGACAAGUUCAGUAAUUGAUACAAAAGCAACUUUGGCACAUGAGAUAACAUCUGAAAUUAGUCGAGAAUAUUUCUCCAACAUUUGGUUUAUAUAUCAGUUAUCGUUAUAUACACUUUUUAUGAAUGAUCUUCGUGAAUUUGAAAUACCAGGUUUAUUAGAUAAUAAUUCUAUCUAUGACUUUUUCUAUAUUAAUUACGAUCAAUGGUACAAUGAUUUUGUUAAUCAUUGGGCAACUCAUCAUCGAACACAUCCAUGUGCAGCAACAAGAAAGAAUAUAGAUCCUGGCUGUAUGAGAUGUUUUGUCUUGGAUGGCAUGCAAAAAGUUGCGAGACCAAUUUGUACUAAUUAGAAUAAACAGGAAUGUACCGAAGAAUUUCCUGAUGGAAUUUACAUUGGCUGUGGUAACACACCGAAAACAAAGUCCGGCUUAUGUGAAUCAUGCCGUGAAUCCAUUUUAUUAAAAGAUAGUGAAACAUCUUUAUUAACUGAUGAUGAUAAAGGGAUUUAUGAUGAUCCAUUGAUGGGAUGCAAUGUUUCUAGAGAAGAUCGGUAUGUUGGUAGUAUAUCGAUAUUAGCAUAGAUAGUUUUUUUUCUAGUUUCGUGGACCUAGAAAAGCGAUCCUCACAAGGUAUUAUUUACACAUUGUCUUCUUGUGGAAUAGUUGUCGGCUUUGAUGAAAUUUUUCGAUCAGAAUCUUGUUUUAUCGCUUUACGGCAUUUAUUCAAAAUUAUACAUGUUAUCAAUAGUCAAUAUCAUCAAUACUUACCAAAAAUGAUUAUUUAUGAUAACGCUUGUAGCUUAUAUAUCUACUUUUGGAAUCGAUAUGGGAAAAGCGAUCGUAAUCGACAUAUUCCACAAACAUCAUCAUCAAAAUUUAUUUCUGAAUGCUUCUUCUUCAUCGAUCGAUUCCAUCAACCGAAUCAUAAACGGCCUAUGUGCCAAAAAGAAAGAAACUUAGACUAUAUUCACACAGAUGCAGCAGCUAAAAGUAUUAACACUGAAGUUGCGGAACAAAGAAAUAGUGUCUUGAAACAAUAUCACAAUGCCCUGUCAUCUUAUUCAUCAAAGAAAGCUCGUAUUGCUUAUUUGGUAUUAUUCCAUCUUAUGAAUUGCGAACGUAAUACUUGUGAUAAUCAAUUCGAAUAUAGUCGAAAAUACGUAAAAGGUGAGUUUUGCGAACAGUCCUGAAAAAUAUUUUCUAAAAACCAGAAAGAAAAGAUAAAAAGGCCACCAACACACAAUUGGUUAUAUGUUUUUUAUUUAGGCUCCUCUUCGUCGACAUG